CUAACCCUAGUUCGAAACCUGCUCUUAACCCCCUCUUUCUACACUUCUUCAUCUCUUAUGAGAUGCAACCCUAACCCUAGCACGUUGAUUUUUCAUCUGGGGUUACAUUUCCAUAUAUUCUUGUGCAGUGGCUGCUGUUAUUAUAAUUGUUAUUUUUCAAUUUUGUUUGGUUAUUUAGAAAUUGAGUUUUGUUUUAUUUUAUUUUUGUUUGUUGGGUUUAAAAGGUUGUAAUUCAUCAGCAAGGUAUUGCAUUGUAUUUGAACUUGCAAGGGGGAUUUAUCAAGUACGGAAGUGAGCUUUCUAUUUGAGGCAUUUUUGUUUCAAUUUUUACAGAAAGAGUUUAGGGGUUUUAAGAUGAAUAUUACAAGUUGAUUUAUGUUCCAGAGGUACUUGUUUGAUUUUUGAGAUGAAGAUUUACAAGUUGAUUCAUGUUUUAGAAGGGACUUGGUUGAUUUGAGGAUAAAGCAAGACUUGGCUUUCAAACUGCUUUACAAGUCCUAGAAUUUGGGAUGUAUGGUCAAGGAAAUUAUGGUCCUCAGUAUGGGCAAGGUCCUCCUCGGGCACCAAUGCCACCGUUCCAACAACGCCCGCCUGGGCCUCCUCCUCCUUUCCAACAAGGACCUCCUCCAGCUGCACCCCCUCAUGCCAGUGCGCCAGGUGUUCCCAUGUACCAGUCCGGUCCACCUGCCCCAGUUCAGCAAUCUUACAUGCCUCCACCUCCACCUCCACCUCCACUAGUCCAUGGAAGUGCCCCAGUGGCACAUUCAUACCCAGCUGCUCAACAAAACUCUCAAUAUCCCUCACAUUUAGGGACCCAGAAUGCCCAUCACAUGCCACCGCCGCCGGUGUUGCUGCCUGCCCCACCUUUUGGGCAAAUGCGCCCAGAAGUGUUAAGGCCUCCACCACCUCCUAGUGUGCUACCACCUCCCCCUUCACAAGGACAAACGAUGUACAGGGCGCCCGUUCCUCCAUUGCCUGCUGGUGGUGUGCAGGGUCUUCAGCAUAUCAUGCCGCCUGCCCCUCCACCAAAUUCUAACUUCUUCAGUUCUGUUCCAUUUGGAUCUUUUGUACACCCAAUUCCUGGAGAUGCACACAUGCCUCCUUCCAUGGCUCUGCUGCCUCCACCUCCACCACCUCCACCACCUCCACCUUCUUCUCCACCACCCAUUCCACCUUCUCCACCGCCACCCACCUCUCCUCUGCCCCCUGCGACUUCUAUGGCCCACCAUUGUGAUUCUGCUUCCAGUUACAAUAGACUAUCUGGCCCUGAAGUCAUCCUGAAUCAGAGCAAAGAUGAUGGGCCUAUGCAUGAUGACAGUUCGAACUGGGAAGGUGGAACUGGCCAUGGGGCUAGCUCCUCCGAAAAGAGUGUGAUGGUGGAUCCUCCUCCACCACCUAAGCCAACAGAUGAAAGAAUUCUACAAAAGAUUGAGGUUUUAUGCCAGUUUAUUGCUAAAAAUGGUCCUGAUUUUGAAGAUAAGGCUCGGAAGAAUGAAUCUGGGAAUCCGGAGUUUGCAUUUUUGUUUGGUGGUGAGCCAGGAAGUGAAGCUGCAAUUGCACAUGACUAUUUUCUGUGGAUGAAGAAGAAACGUGCGCUGGCAGUUAAAGCACAUGAACGGCACAAACAAAGAGAUUCACCAUUAAGGCCUUUGGAAGUGGAGUCUUCAGUGCAGCCUAAUUUAUUGAUGGAUCCAGAUGCAUCGCAUUCAGCUGCUGAUUCUGACAUGGAGAUGGAAGGUCAUGAUUACUCAGCCUUUGGAAUGUCAAUUUCCAAAGUUCACUGCUCAGUCACAAAUUCAGUGGGAGCUCCUGAAUGCCAUUUGGACAGUGACUUCGAGAAAUCUGCUACUCCCCUCAUUGAUGAUUUAAUUCCAUCCAGUGCCUCAGCAGCUGCUUCAGGCAUUGGUUUUGAAAAGUUUCCUGGUCAAAUUAUCAAAGGUGCAAGCCCAUUCAGACUUCUACAAGACUAUGCUUCUGACGACAGUACAGAAAAUGGUGAUGUGCCAUGUGCUGAAGAUGUUAUCCCUGUAACUGCGUCACCAUCAGUCACAGCUGAUACUGGUUUGCAUAGAGAUAUUAAAUAUAAUCUGGACUCUGGUCUAGGAUCUGAGCGCUCUUGCAGGACUGAGAGGAGUUUUGAGCCAUCCUCUGAACCUGAAUCACCAGUGGAUGUAAAAGAAGUUAAAACAUCUAUUGCUACCAGAACCACUGAUGAAAAUGUUUUGAUUCAUGAAAAUGAGGCACCUAUUUCCCAUGGUGCUUCUGUCAGGGAUGGCCAUGAAAAAGGUGCUGGUGGUGGUGUUGAUAUUGUUCCUGAGAGUGGGAAGUCUCAGAAGGAAAUGCCUCCACUGAAAAUUGAUGAGUUUGGGCGUUUGGUCAAAGAAGGUGCUAGUGACAGUGAUUCUGAUGAUUCACGCUAUGCUAGGAAACGUGGUAAAAGAGGGAGAAGUAGGAGCCGUAGCCGAUCUCCUCCAGAUAGGAGGAGGAGGAGGAGUCCACUGAGGAGAAAGGAGAGGCGAAGCAGAUCUCGCAGUUGGUCUCCUAAGAAGCGAAGAAGCAGGAGCAAGUCCCCUGCUUUUAGGCGUCUUGGUGAGUAUGGUGGGGACAAGAUGAAACGGGACAAGGGUCAGAUGCCGACCUGCUUUGACUUUGUUCGAGGCAGGUGCUACCGUGGAGCAUCAUGUCGAUAUCUGCACCAGGACAGUAGCAAUCGUGAUGGAUCAAGGCUCCAUAAGGAUAAAGAACAGUAUCCUGAAGAUCCACCCAAUUCAAAUAAUAUUAAUUUAUGUGAGGGGAAUAAGAAUAUCCCAGUAAAAAUAUAUGCUCAGGAGCAUGAUGAAAACAAGACCCAACCAGUUCAAUUCUCUCAGGAUGCAACUGAUGGCAGCUUUUGCGCUCCAAAAGAUGGGGAUGUUAAUGACAAAAGAGAGGAAAAUUCUGCCAGGGAUUCCAUGCAAGCUGUUGCUUCAGAUCAACAUGGUAAAUCUGGGAGUUGUGGAGAUGCAACUGCUCAUGUGCUGGAAAUGCAAGAAGUUCAAGAAGGGCCUGCAAAGGCUGCCACUCAUGUUCUUGAUAAUGAGAAUUUUCAGGUACCAGAGGAGACCCAUCAGCCAUUUUCAGUUGACUGUUUUCCCUCUCAAUCAGUUACUGUAACUGAUGCCGAUAACCUGAAGUUAGCUGGUGAUACUCCUCAAGGCACACUUUUUUCCUCUGAAAGUAAAGCAAUUCAGCAAUCUCAAGCCAAUCUUUCCAUUCCUGCUCUUCAAAAUGCGGCUCAUGAGUCUCAUCAUGUAGAUGGCUCUUCCAUGUCUGGUUCUUCACCUGAUCAAAUGCCUACAACUUUCUCAAAUAAGCUUCCUUCAAGUGAACCUUAUGCAAAGAAGAUCUCUUCCAAUCCUUUGCACCCUGGAGCAAGUUCUACAAGCCAAUCGGUCUCAGCUGAAGGUUUUUCAUCUCAAUCUUUGGCACCUAGGGAGUUAUCGUCACCUGGUUCCUCUGCUGUAGAUUUCCCACAUCAUCCUUCCCAGUUGCCUCCUCCGCCUCCAUUUAUGCAAGGGGUAAAUGCCCCACAUUUGCCACAGCCUCCAAGGGAUUACAACUUGCUGCCACAAACCACAAACUUUCCAUUUCAAUCUGCCUCAGGCGAAAGUUUUUCAACGUAUCAAGCUUCACUAUCCAAUCAACAGUCUCAUUUCUCUAUAACACCAAAUUCCUCUUGGACUUCCAUGCUGCCACCACCACCUCCAGUGUCACAUUUUAAUGAUUCUGCUGUAAAUGCAGUGACUGUCACUGCUGGUGUCCCAUUGCAAUAUCAGCAGACUCAUCUGCCUCCAAGGAAUGAAUUUAUUUCUCAGAGUUUUGCAACUUCCCAUCCGACUAAAUUGCCCACUCAUUCUCAGCCGGGUGAGUUUCAGCACCGUGCCUACCCUCCUAUGCAGGAGCCACAUCUACCUCCUUUGCAGAUGGAACCAAAGUCUCUUCAUUUGGGCAACCCAUCAAGCCAACAAUUUGGAGGCCCUAGUCUUGUGAGGGAAGAUCGCUUUUCUCAGUUUCCAGUGCAGGGUUUAAUUCCUUCAAGUUCCUUUGCUCAGGGCAGCAUGUAUCCUCAACCUAUAUCUUAUUUGAGGGGAUCACCAGCGAAUAAAGUGCAACCUUUCCCUGUUGAGGAUGUUCCUCCAGGUGAAAUUCUUAAGUCAUCUUCUCAGAUUCAUACUUUCUCACAGCAGAAGCAACCACCAUAUGAUCUGUCACACUCUACAUCUGAUGCUUUUUCUGUACAUCUGGGUGUGCCUGGCAAGAUCAGUUCUUCUAUGUCAAGAUACCCAUCAGAUCUCCUGGACAGGAAUCAGUCAUCUCGUUUGUCAGACUUUGGCGGAUCACGAAUUUCAGCACACUAUAAUCCUUAUGCAUCUACUUUUGAGCAGCCACUUAGCUCCAAAUUCAGUUCUAAUGUUUUCAGACAAGAGAAGGACACGCCUUAUAGCAAUAAAUAUGAUAUGCCAUUCAGCUUGAGCCAUGUUCCAGCUGAUGAGCCUGGUGUUGGUAAUCUUGCAUCAAGACAGACAAUCUCCUCGCCUAAUUCUGCCACUGCUGGUCGACAGGUUUUGUCUAGGUCAGGAGGUGACCAAUAUGAUCCACUUUUUGACAGCAUUGAGCCAUCUUCAAACUCAUUUAGAAAAUUUGAUCACGUUCAAAAGCUGGAACCUACCAUUGAUUCUGACAUCAUGUUAAGACUUGGUGGCUCACAUAAGCCAUUGGAUGUGGAAGAAAACAAUAAGCACAAAGAGGUUGAAGCAGUUGCUGUAACUACAUCUCUUGAAAAUGAUGAAUAUGGUGAAACUGCUGAUGCAGAGGUAGGGGCUGUUGAGAAUGGUAGCCCAAGUAGUCCGAUUGACAUAGCAAACACAGCUGCAGGAGAGAUUGAGAUUGAUCAGAUUAAGUCGCCAGGGAAGAGCAAGAAAAGGAAGGACUCCAGAUCAAUGAAGCUUUUCAAAGUUGCCCUUGCAGACUUUGUGAAAGAGGUGCUAAAGCCAUCAUGGCGACAGGGUAAUAUGAGCAAAGAGGCAUUCAAGACCAUUGUCAAAAAGACAGUUGAUAAGGUAUCUGGAGCUAUGAAGAGCCACCAGAUACCAAAGUCUCAAGCAAAGAUAAAUCACUACAUUGAUUCAUCUCAGCGGAAACUGACAAAACUUGUGAUGGGGUAUGUUGACAAGUAUGUCAAAGCAUGAAAGUUCAGAUUACAAUUGAUUCCAGCCUGCAGCAGUAGAAGAUUUUAAUUAAACUUAGUGUGAUGGUGGGGGGAAGGAUGUGAUUCAGAUGGCACCGGGAAGAGUGCCAGUAGUUGGUUUGUAAAGUCCAUGCCUGCUGUUCCAAGGAAGAUGUUAAAGCCCCUGGAAAGAUGAAUUUAAUGGCAGAUUAUUAGAAUUACAACCUCAGAAAAGUUCUGAGGGAGCUUCAAAACGCGUAUGUAAAAAGCACUCCUUCAAAUUCAGUUACUACUUCUUUUACUUCUAUUAAUCAGCGGUUCUUUCCAACCAAUAACAUAAGCUGUUUGUAAAUUUUGUGAUCCAAAUUUUAUUCUCAGUAGAUACUUGAUUCUUCAUAGAUUUCAAAGUAUACUGGGGAAUCCUGUUUUCAAAAUGGAGAGUACAUAUAUUAAAGGACUAAUAUAAAAACAAAGAGGAAGAAAAUAGUUUUCUCUGCA